GUCAGUCACCUGACCAAACCACAGAAAAAGAACAACAUCUUGAAUCCUGAGUGUCAGGAAAGAACGCACGCUGGAAACUUUGGUUCUCCAUCAUGGCUCCCAAAACAGGUCGUCGAGGGACCAAACGCAAGGCCGAUGCGGUUCAGGAGGAGGAGGAGAAAGUGGCAGCGGAGCUGAAGGAAGAAAAGGAGGAGGUGGAGGAGAGUGUCUCGGGGGGUCGUAGAGUCAUCAUUGAGCACUGCAAGAGCUGACGAGUGUACGGGCGUAACGCCGAGGGGGUGAAGGAAGCCCUCCUGACGGUCCGCCCUGAACUCACCGUGGUCCUGAACCCGGAGAAACCUCGCGGGAAAAGCUUUGAGAUCACGCUUGUUGAGGGAGAGAAAGAGAGCAUCCUCUGGACGGGGAUCAAGAAGGGCCCGCCCCGCAAGCUGAAGUUCCCCGAGCCGGCCGUGGUGGUGGUGGCCCUGGAAGAGGCCCUAGAAGUGGCCCCCAAAGAGGCCGUGAAGACAGAGUAGAGCCCCCCCUAGUGGAGGCCCCCACAGUGGAGCCAAAUAUUCUGUCUGUUGUCUUUGGAAGCCGAAUGAAGAGGUUGGACCAACGGGCGACGCCCAGUCUCUCCUCUGAUGAGAGUGCUCCGAGGAAUACCAUACAUGGAUAUAUGGUGACCACUAGUGGUGAACCUCUGUUACACCGUCUCCUGGUAUAAUCCUGCCGUUUUCACCGAACAAAUGUUUUCUUGUUUUUCUUCUAAUGUUUUUAAUUGUUAAUGAUAAAUAAAGUUUUUUUUUUUUUAAAUGAUGGUAACUAAAGCCUGUUUGAAGUGUGGGAUUGAUGGUACAUUUUAAUGAUGUAUUAUAUACAUUUAAGUUAUAUUGUUUAUGGCAAUACCAUUAGUGGGGUCAUUGAUAAUAUGAAUAUACUGAACACACUGCUCGUAAUUGCAGAUUGCAUUAAAAAUUUGUCCAAGUGUUGUACCACCAAAUGGUGGCAUGAUGGGUACUAUACCACCAAUUUGGUGGUUAUAAAAUGCAUUAAACAGGUAAUGUGUUAGAUUUGUUAAGUGUUCAAAGCAUGCAUAAAUACUAGGCUACAAUAUUGUAGAGUUGAGUAAUGUAAAAGUUAAGAAUAUUUCGUGAUAGCCCUACUCCACAAAGCACUGAAUAUUGAGGAAAGUUUAAAUCUGUCUCAUUAACAAUAAGUGGCGUGUUACAGGUAGGGCUCCUGUAUUGGAAGUGGAGCAUAGGGGGCGGUACAGCUCAUGGGGAGGGGGUACCUGUCGAACCACAGAAUAAGAAUAUAUCGACUCCUGAGCGUCCGCCGAAGAAGGAACACGCUCUUGAAAGUUUGGCUCUCCAUCAUGGCUCCUAAAACAGGUAGCAGCGUCGUCGAGGGACCAAACGCAAGGCCGAUGCGGUUCAGGAGGAGGAGGAGAAAGUUGCGGUGGAGCUGAAGGAAUCAAAGGAGGAGGUGAAGGAUAACGACUCGGGGGGGUCGUAGAGUCAUCAUUGAGCACUGCAAGAGUUGACGAGUGUAUGGGCGUCACGCCGAGGGGGUGAAGCAGGCCCUCCUGACGGUCCGUCCUGAACUCAACGUGGUCCUGAACCC